AUGACAUAUCAAAAUCUUUACAAAACUCGCCGAUAUAAAUAUUGGGGCAGCGACAAAUUUGCCCAGCGAAAAAAUAUACAACAGACUAGUUUUGAGUAUGGCAUGUGCUAUCAUUAUUCAUUAUGGUCCGGAAAAUCGAUUUCAUCAAUAUCAUGUAAUUAUGUUGAAAACGUAGAUUCUGGAAGAGAUGGAAAAUUAAUAGCAACAUAUUCAAAGCUUUCUAUGUUUGAUUGCUGCAUUUUAAGAAAUGAAAUUCCUUAUACAUUUUAUCUAAGAGAUCAAGGUUCAAUUGUUUUUAAUAAUUCAUUUGCAGAUAAAUAUUCAGCAAUAUCGCAAACAAAUUCUGUUGAAUAUAUUAACACAUUUGCAAAUUCAGAAUGCAAAUAUUAUAUCGAUAUCUUCGAAAACGAAAUUGAAGGAAAUAGUCAAGAUGAAGAAGAUGAAUUAGAUGAUAUUGAAAAAGUUAAACAAAUUGUCCGAUAUCUUAAUAAAACAUCUAAUUUCAUUCAUUUGAUAUCAUAA